CUAACCUAACAAGCUAUUAAUUCUCUGUAUUUUGCCCUGUUUGCUGCAUCUUGGGCUCCAUAUUGGGAGAACGUGGUUGAGGUGUGCAGCUUGGGCAUGGUGAGUUAUGCGCAGCUGUCAAACAAGGAAGACUGCCAGGCCAUGAAUGCAGUGACCUAUGAUGAUGUGCAUGUGAACUUCACUCCAGAAGAGUGGGCUUUGCUGGACCCUUCGCAGAAGAAGCUCUACAACAAUGCGAUGCUGCAGACCAUCAAGAACCUCACUGCCAUUGGCUACAAUUGGGAAGGUCAUGAUAUUGAAGAGUAUUCUCAAAGUUCUAGAAGAUGUGGAAGUCCUCUUUAG